AUGGCUCGUCUAGAGCAUUCCGGACGGCCACAACUGGUCCACGACAUUCAACAAGAAGACGACGACAGCAAUCAGACCGAAACCAAGAACCUUCAUGUGCGACACAGUCCAUCAUCUUUCUCCUCGCUAGGAGAGAAAAAGGGAGGCGCAGGCGUCUCUGAGGUGCGCACAUACGAUGACGACUCGGCCAUUGACUCAGAUGCAAUUUGGCGCCCUCAAUGGCUGAGACCGGCCGUACUUGGUGUCUUCACCGGGCUAUUUGCUUGCCUGGCGAUAGCUUUCUUCGUCAUGUUCUCGUACUCUCAACAGCACGAUGGUCUAUUCGAGACCCGGGAGUCUCUUGUAUAUUUGUGGCGAUUCGCGCCUACCGCAGUUCUCACAAUAAUCUCCGUUUUGUGGAACAGAACCGAGGUGCAAGCCAUGAGAUAUAUGCCAUGGAUCGAGUCACGCCACGAGAAAUCCAACGACUGGAGCGAUCUCGACUACUUGUCGCUUCUGACGCCACAAACUAUCGUACAAUCUCUGCGCAAGAAGCACUACCUGGUGUUCCUUACUGCGCUUGCGUCUCUCUUAAUUCAGGCUCAGAUUGUGCUCGCCCCCGGUCUAUUUAGGCUCAUUCCAGUUUCAGUCGAGACACCUACCGCCAUUCAAAAGCUCGACACCUUCAACCGAACAUACCGCGUCGCCAAUGAUGACGGCGAUUCAUUUACCUAUCACGCGGCUAGAGCCCUUAACGACUUUGACGUGAGCUAUCCAUUUGGUCUUACCAAAGACGUUGCCUACCAGACCUUCAUGUCAUCGACUGGCAAUCUUCGCGGGACAAUCAAUGCCCCGUUGAAUGCUGUCGUGGAUGGCUUCUUCACGGACAUUGAAUGUUUGAAGCUGCAGAACCAUUCAUUAGUGUCAAUGGGGCCCGCAGAAGGCGGCAAAUCAGGGUACAAAAUGGAAGUUGCCCUUCAAUUCGAUGGAUGUCAAUACAGCGUCGAGCUACCCUAUGUAACAGCCACCAAGUACGCGCCUUUCUAUUUCGAGCACUGGAAAGUCGACAGCGAACUCAGACCGGCUGAAACUUGUCCAAGCUUGCCUCAAGAACACCUGCCCUUCGUUCACUAUGCCGUCAGAACGAUUCCAUCGCCAUUGAACUCCUCACUUCCAGUCAUCGCAAACGCUUCUGCAGUUCUCUGCUCGUCUAGGGCCUGGUUCUCGGAAGUGGAUAUCACUGACGAUGGGGUCAGCCCGAAGAUCACCGCCUUGUCGAACCGAUCAUCGACGCCGUUCGACACUGAUGUGUGGGCGUUGCUCUCCAAUACCAUUCCUCCAGGCAUCAUGUCAUGGGGGAACUCCAUGUACGGAGGCACAUAUCAGGGACCAGUCAAUGCGGAACAAUCAUUCAAUAACACGUUCAUCAGCACUGAAAGGGUUACAAACGACUUGUUGUACGACUCUGUGACUGGGAUGUUCAGAAGGCUUGCACCUUUGACCGGCCACUACAUCUUGCGUCAAGGCGCAGACGUCGGAGCCGACGGGCAGACGUUGCACGUCAUCCAAGUGAUAAGAUCUCCGGAAAACAGCUACAACAUUAACAAAUAUCAAUGCGAUCUCCCAGACGACCCAGCGGACGAGAUGAGCGUUGCCGACAUGAGAAAAGCCGGAAUUCGCUAUCUUUCGAACACGCUCAUGCGAACCUACUGGUGGGGUGCAUUCAACCACGAAAAGAACGCGUUCGAUUUCAACACAUAUUGGAGAUGUAACUAUUCUUGGGGCGGCGUCAUGGUGGACGUGAAAAUGGUGGCUGGAGAAGAUGGCGACAUGAUGAUUGACCCAACUAACCCGCCUCGGACGGAUGACUCGACCAUGAAGCCUUUCGACCCGCCGUUCGUGGUACCGUACCUUGAAGAGACAGGGGAAAGCACACUCGGCGAUUUGCUGAUGGGCUAUGACCGCGACGCAUUCAAUACCUCGACCGGCUCCAAGAAUCCCCCCAGCUGGAACAUAGCAGGCGAUUUCCUGGGGCUGUUCAAGCGUCAAGGGCCGCUGCUUCCGGAGUCAUUAGGGAGCCCAGAUGACCAAACCAAAGUUUUGGCCGCCCUGACUGAAAAGUUUGGAUUCGCAAUGGCUCAGCUAGCCAGCAUGGAGAACCGGCUGGGAGUCGACGAAGACUCCACCACGGCCCCUUUCCCCCCAGAAGGCUUGCCGUCUGUAAAUGCGGUGGUUUCUGAUAUUGGCCGGCGGCGCCUUGUCCAGGAUCCGGCGAUAACGUAUGCCAUCGUCGCCAUCCUGUGUCUCGUCGUUCUCGUCCAGUUGUGGUUCUUGGUGUCCAAAGCUCUGCGGCUAUUGGGUGUAGGCGACGGAUGGCUCAGCAUGGAUGUGAAGGGACUUGCGCCGCCUGAUUAUGCCAGUAUUUCGAUGACGGCGAGUUUGCUUCACGACUCGAAUGUCACAAACCACCUUCCUCGAGAUACUCAGGGUUUGUUGCCGUCGGAGCUCCAUGGGCUGCUGGCAGGGCUGCGUUUCCGGCUGGGUUGGUUUCAGAGAGCCUCGGACGGGACGAGGCACUUCACAAUCGGCAUUCUUGACGAUAAAGAGUUUGAUUUUGUCAGUAGUAAGAAGGAUAUGUAG